AUGGCAGAGAUGCGUCAGUACUUCCAGGAGGUGGAUGCCUUUGAGCUGGCCGCAGAGACGCCCUCGCCGAUGUUGCGGCCGCGAGCUCAGACCGUCGGGCCGGCCUCGCCCGUGCUUACCACGGCGCUGACAGCCAGCGAGUCUCUUCGGGAGCCGGCUCUGCGCGGAGGAGGGGAGGUCGCCGGCGAGUCCGGCGGCAGGCUGCCGGACUUGCGGGCCUCGCCGGAGCCUGCCGGGAGCCCCGCGCCGGCACUGGACGUGCCCGAGGGACCCCCCCCCAGCACGCAGCAGCGCCGCGCUUCCAGGGCUUCCGGCCUCUCGCGCCGCGUUUCAUGUGCCCUCGUGGCUCACCCCCUGCCCGACCUAGAUGCCGGAAGGCGCUCCAGCGUCGGCGGCGCCCGCUGGGGCGCGGGCAAGGUUUGGCGGACCUCGCUGGCACCCCGCCUCAGCCUGGCGGGGAGCCAGCUGGCAUCUGGGGUCAGCAGCGCCCUGCGGUGGGUCGGGGCGGUCCAGCCUCCCAGCCAGGCGGGGGAUGAGGAGCCCAGCCACGAGGCCGCCACCUCGCCGGCGCCCUGGGGUGUGGCGAGGCCGUCGGUGGCCGCUGGGAGGCUGCCCGUCCCGAGCCCCAUCCAGGAGAGUCCAGGCAGCGCGACAGACGAGGAGCCUGCUGGCGGGGAUGGCGACAAUCAUGCGACAGGUGGCCCCAGUGCUGUGGGGGGAUCGGGACCGCUGCCGCGGACCAAGACUGGGCGCGCCUCAGGGCUGAGCGGUGCAUUGAAAGCGAACGACACAUCGGAGCCAGGCGACGCUCUGGAGCUUGGGGAGGCCCUGCGGCGCUUGACCCUGGCGUCCGAGGGCCGCGCAGCUGGGGAGGGGGAGGCCGCCAAGACGGGGCUGGACCUGCUGCUGGAGUUUUGCGGUCAGACGACGGUGCCCUCCAUGGAGGAGCUGCUGGGUCAGCACGUGGACCUCUCCACGGUGCGGAAGAUCGGGGAGGGGACCUUCGGCGAGGCCUUCAAGGCCAGCGGCCAGGUUCUCAAGAUUGUGCCCAUGGAGGGGGACAUCAAGGUGAAUGGCGAGCUCCAGAAGCGGGCGGACGACAUGCUGGGCGAGGUGGCCAUCACCAAGACGCUGAGUGCGCUAGGCGACGAGGACGCGGCUGCCGCCAAUUCCACGCCCGGCUUCGUGCGGGCGCUGGGGGUGGGCGUAGGGCGGGGCGCCUACCCGCCGGCUCUGCUCAGCGAGUGGCACCGCUGGGACGCAGAGCACGCCUCCGAGAACGACCCCGUGGAUGUGUUUGGGCAGGACCAGCUGUACACGGUGUUCAUCUUUGAGGACGGGGGCAAGGACCUGGAGCAUGCCACCCUCGACUCCGCAUCUGACAUCCAGUCCAUCCUCCUGCAGACGACGCUGGCACUGGCCGUGGCCGAGGAGGCGGCGGAGUUCGAGCACCGUGACCUGCACUGGGGCAACCUCCUGGUGAAGCCGGCGGCGCCGGGCGAGGCCCUGCGCUGCCGGCUACGCGGUGUGGAGCUGGAGGUGUGCGGCGGGGGCCCGCGCUGCACCCUCAUCGACUUCACGCUGUCCCGGUUGCAGACCGCGGGCGGCGCGCUGGCCUUCUGCGACCUGGCCGCCGACCCGGAGCUCUUCGUCGGGCCGCGCGCCAAUGCCCAGGCGAGUGCCGAGGCGUAUCGGCGCAUGCGCAAGCUCACCGGCGACUCCUGGGAGAGAUACGUGCCGGGGACGAACGCGGUGUGGCUGCACUACCUGGCCGACACCUGCCUCACGCAGAAGCUGGCCCAGGCGUGUGGUGGUGGUGGUGGGGGCGGUGUGCGAGCCCUAGUGCCCGGCUGCAAGCACACGCCAGCAGACAAGGUGGCCCUGAGGGGCUUCCGGAAGCGGGUACUGGCCUACGCCAGUGCCGGCGAGGCGGUGUGGGACGAGUACUUCAAGGGCAGUUGGACGGCCACCGACUGA